UAUUAUGCCACAGCUGAUUGGAGGUUGAAACACUUCGUAGUUCCUACGAACUCAUUGACCUUAGUAUAAAGAUAAAUGGACGUAUUUGUUUAAAGCAUCUCGCUCCGAUAACACAUACGAGCUGCUAGAACCUUCGUCCAUUCAUAAAAAUGAAUGCAAUCACAGUAAACACUACGCCUUAUGAGGGCCAAAAGCCGGGUACUAGCGGGUUGCGUAAAAAAGUUAAGGUCUUCCUUCAAGAAAACUACACAGAAAACUUUAUCCAGUGUAUCUUAGACGCCAAUAAGGGCGCCGUCGAGGGAUGCGCGCUCGUGGUUGGGGGAGAUGGAAGAUAUCUUGUGAAGGAAGUUGUUGAUAAAAUAAUUAAAAUCUGCGCCGCUAAUGGGGUUGCAAAAUUACUUGUGGGACAAAAUGGUAUACUAUCAACACCAGCGGUGUCCUGCAUCAUCAGGAAAUAUAAAACACUUGGCGGCAUCGUCCUCACCGCGUCUCACAACCCGGGCGGCAUCAACAACGAUUUCGGCAUCAAGUUCAACUGCAGUAACGGUGGCCCGGCGCCGGACGGCACCACCAACGACAUCUACAAGCUGACCACCGCCAUCACGCAGUACAAGAUCGUGCCCGACCUCUCCUGCCCCUUGAAUAGCGUCGGCAUUUAUGACUUUACGGUUGACGGCCGCCCCUUCGAGGUGCAAGUGAUCGAUUCAGUGAACGACUACGUGGCGUACAUGAAGGAGAUAUUCGACUUCGGCAAGAUCAGGCAGCUCAUCCAGGGUUCCGAGGCCAGGAAGCCGUUUAACGUGCUCAUCGAUGCUAUGCAUGGAGUAACGGGACCAUAUGUGAAACGCAUAUUCCUGGAGGAACUAGGUGCUUCUGAGAAGAAUGUGCGCCGGAUCAAUCCGCUCGAGGACUUUGGUGGAGCCCAUCCGGACCCUAACUUGACGUAUGCUGCUGACCUGGUGAAUGCGGUUAAAGGCGGGGACUACGACUUCGGCGCCGCUUUCGAUGGAGAUGGCGACCGCAACAUGAUAAUAGGUCGCGGCGCGUUCUUCGUGACGCCGUCGGACUCGCUGGCCGUGCUGGCGGCGCAGCUGCAGCACAUCCCGUACUUCAGCCGGGGCGUGCGCGGGUUCGCGCGCAGCAUGCCCACCGCCGCCGCCGUGGACCGCGUGGCCGCCGCCAGCGGCAAGGAGAUGUUCGAAGUGCCCACUGGUUGGAAAUACUUCGGGAACCUGAUGGACGCCGGGCGCCUGUCCCUCUGCGGCGAGGAGUCGUUCGGCACGGGCUCGGACCACGUGCGGGAGAAGGACGGCAUGUGGGCCGCACUCGCGUGGCUCUCUGUCCUCGCCGCCACCGGGCAGUCCGUGGAAAACAUACUCAAGGCGCACUGGGCCAAGUACGGGAGGAAUUACUUUACUAGAUACGACUACGAGGAAUGCGCGAGUGAUCCGUGCAAUGAGAUGAUGUCGGAGCUGGAGCGCAGCAUCACGGCGCCAGGGUUCGUCGGCUCGGAACACUCCGCCGGCGGGAAGACCUACCGCGUCAAACUAGCUGACAACUUCUCCUACAUGGACCCCAUCGACCAGAGCGUUGCUAUGAAACAGGGUCUCCGCAUAAUCUUCGAGGAUGGCUCCCGUAUCGUGUUGCGUUUGAGCGGCACCGGCAGCUCGGGGGCUACUGUCAGGCUGUACAUCGACUCGUACGAGGCUACAAACGUGUUAGGCGACGCACAGGAGAUGCUGCGCCCUCUAGUGGAUGUGGCGCUUAAAAUCUCCAAACUGCAACACUACACCGGACGCGACGCUCCCACCGUCAUCACGUAAAUACCCCACAGCUGGGCAGGGUAGAUGGCUUCACAAAAUAUUACGUGAAAUGAGGCAAAAAUAUCAGACCCCUUUGAAUGUGGCAAUAAACGGCGCGAAAGUCAGUGUCUUCAUUGUGAUUGGUCGAUAUACUUACAUGUGACUCGUGCGCAGGUCUCUCGACCAAUCACAAUCGUCAAUAAAAUUCACGGACCUUCGUGUUCUGUUUGUUAUGCCACAAGCUAGAGGGGAUGUUAUUUCUUCUUUUUAGAAAAAAAACAAAACAAAAUCUAACCUCAGUUCUGUUUUAAAAGCCUUUUUGUAAAUGAAAUCCAGCUUAUUUUAACGUUGUCUUUGAAAAAUAUAGGUAAAUUUUUAAACAAAAAAUAAAAAUUCUUUUAUAAUUUGGUUCUUAUAGUUUUUGUUUAAAUUAGCAACAUUUCAAGUCGAUGUUCGUCACAAUAAUUUAAAAAAAAGUUGCAUCACUUUUUAUUAAAUCUUGUUCAUAGAUUUUAUCUUUAUCGUAUUCUUUCAGUUUUAGAUACUGUGUUAAGCCAAACAUCAAAGUACCCUAUCACGUAAGUUAAUAUAAAUAUAUUUAUUACUAUAAAUCCUAUGUCUCGUAUUUUUCUCAAUGAAUAUGUGUAAAGAUGUUUGUUUUUAAAAGUAAGUAUCUUGUAAUAAAAAAAUCAAUUUAUUAAAAUGACAAAAAUGUACAAAAAACUGUAAUGAUCGCUUGUUAGAAAGUGCUUCCAAUUUUACAUCAAAGGUAUAUUUGUAUACUUAUCGAAUUAAUAUCUAUAAAUGGCCCAAUGGGUUUGUAAUAUUGUAUUUUUAUGUGUUUAUGGAAUGUUGUAACUAUUUAUGUGCCAGCAAAUAUUUAAUGUAAGAAAUUUACACCUUGUUAUAUUUUUGAAGUUAUAAAAAUGUUUUGAAUGUAAAUACGUAAUAAGUCAAAGUCCGUGGGGGUCAUGGGCCCCAGAGGCUAAUAUGAAAUUAAGUUUGGGGAGUAUCUGUUACUAUUUUUAUAAUUUGUAUAUGAAAAUGAAUUAGAAAUUGUAUUUUAUAUGUAUAAUUAGGGUUAUUGUCCACGUCUAUAAUUUAUAUUUUAAGCUGCUAUCAAAGAUUUGUAUGUGUAAUAAAAGUUUGGUUUAAGAAAUAAAAAUAUUUAAAUACA